ACGACGAAAUAAUAUCUCUAGCAGGCCCAUCAAGUAAAGACAUAUAUAUCCACAGGCCAUAUAUAUGUGUAUGACCCAAAAGUUUUCCUAUUCCCACAAAAAAAAAAAGGUCCUAUUCCUAUAAAGAAGGAGGUUCAACAGAAUGAGUCAUAAACGGGAGAGAGAACGAAAAAACUACAUUUGCGGGAAUUACAAUAUCAUCAUAAAAAAAAUUUAAAAAGAAAAACCUCAGAGAAGAGAAUUUUGUCAAGUCGGUGCCGGGAUGGCUCUAUCUCUCUUCUGAUUCGAUCGAUCACUCAAAACCCUCUCAUCACGUAGUCAUUAUCUAUAGUUGAAUCAAGGUGGUCGAGCUGACCUCCUUGUUCGACUAGUGCCCUUUCAUUGCGUUGUGGCACUCUGUUUCGGAGAUAGAUCGAUAUCAUUGAUCUUCUCCGCACGUGAUAUAGUGAUCCAUCCUUCUCUUGUAAAUUUGGUCGCCUCCCUUAGGGGUGAAAGUAUUUACAAAGUCAUGGAACAGGAGAUGGCGGACCUUGAGGCUCAAACGGUGGACACCAACGUGAGCCCCAUCAUGAGUGCAGAUGCCACCGCCAUCUUCAAGAAGGCAAACCGUCCCGUCAUUUUGAAGUUUGAAGAUGUUGUCUACAAAAUCAAGCUCAACCCCGAAAGUUUAUUAUCGAGUCUAUCGCUACAUAAGAAGAAGAAUCCCAAGGAGAAGUUGAUCCUGAAGAAUGUGACAGGCAUGGUCAAGCCUGGUGAGAUGCUGGCCAUGCUAGGCCCAUCAGGGAGUGGGAAGACCACCUUAUUGACGGCUCUUGGGGGUCGACUUAAUGGGCGGGUCGAUGGGUCCAUAACCUACAAUGGGCAUCCCUUCUCUAAUGCGAUGAAGCGAAAUACGGGAUUUGUAACCCAGGACGAUGUGCUCUACCCCCACCUGACCGUGACUGAAACCCUAGUCUUCACGGCCUUGCUAAGGCUGCCAAAUACCUUUACCAAGGAAGACAAGAGAAUGCAUGCGCAGGCAGUCAUAGCCCAACUCGGGCUUACCAGUUGCAAGGACAGCAUCAUUGGGGAUUCGUUGGUUAGGGGAGUCUCGGGGGGAGAGAGGAAACGGGUCAGUAUCGGACAGGAGAUGCUCAUAAACCCUAGCCUGCUCUUCCUAGACGAGCCGACCUCAGGGCUUGACUCGACGACGGCUCAGAGGAUCGUGUCAACCUUGUGGGAGCUUGCAAAUGGCGGGAGGACAGUUGUCAUGACCAUUCACCAGCCAUCAAGCCGACUCUUUUAUAUGUUCCACAAGGUGCUUCUACUGUCGGAAGGGAAUCCUCUCUAUUUUGGGGAGGGGGCCCGUGUCAUGGAGUAUUUCUCUAACGUCGGGUACUCGCCUUCGGUGGCUAUGAAUCCAUCGGACUUUCUACUAGAUCUUGCAAAUGGCAUGUCUGAGGACAACUCCGGCGAGGAUCAAACAAAGGUUAAGAAGGAUUUAGUGUCUGCUUACAAGUUUCAUACCGAAGGCAGGCUGAAGGCAGAAAUCAAUGCAGUUGACGAGAAUUUUAAGGGCAGUUACCUCAAGGAAGGGCAUAAUGAUAAGCAAUUCGCACGUUGGCCUACGACUUGGAGGGAGCAAUUCAGUGUCUUGCUCAAGAGAGGAAUUAAGGAGAGGAAGCACGAUUCAUUUUCCGGUCUCAAAAUUGGGCAGGUUCUAGUGGUGGCUCUAAUCUGUGGACUCCUGUGGUGGCAAUCAGAUGACGCUAAUUUACAAGAUAAGAUAGGGCUUCUUUUCUUCUGUUCGGGAUUCUGGGGUUUCUACCCUCUAUUUCAAGCCAUCUUCACCUUCCCUCAAGAGCGAGUGAUGCUCGAGAAGGAACGGUCGUCGGGCAUGUACCGGCUCUCAUCCUAUUUCAUGUCACGGACUGUUGGGGAUUUGCCGUUGGAGCUUGCCCUCCCAACUGCCUUCGUCAUCAUAACAUACUGGAUGGCUGGGCUCAAGCCCAAUGCGGGGAAUUUCCUGUCGACAUUGUUCCCCCUCCUGUACAGCGUGCUGGUGUCUCAGGGCCUCGGCCUCGCCUUGGGGGCAGUGGUCAUGGACCAGAAGUCCGCCACGAUCCUCGGGUCAGUCAUAAUGCUCUUGUUCCUCCUUGCGGGUGGGUUCUACGUCCAGCACGUCCCGCCCUUCAUAGGGUGGAUCAAGCACGUCUCAGUGAGUUACUAUACUUAUAAGUUGCUAUUGCGCUCGCAAUAUGGGCUUGGAGACACGUACCCGUGUGAGCCCAGUGGGAGUGUGUGUCUGGUCAGGGACUUUCCUGGUAUCAAGAAGGUUGGGCUCAACGGACAGGGGGUGGCGGUCUUUGCCCUCGCGGUUAUGCUUGUAGGUUACCGGCUUAUUGCUUAUAUGGCACUUUCUAGGAUCGGGGUGACCAAGAAAUAAUGCAUUGAUCGUCAUUUUCUUGUUUUUUUUUUUCAUUGGGUCGAGUACGUACUACAGUUGCAAGAACGUUUAUGAGAGGUGACAUGCGGAAAAUAAAGGGAGAAAAACUUUGGAUAGAUCGAAGGAACUGAUACAUUGAUCUAAUGGGUGUAUUAAAUAUAAGUAUUUCUAUAUACAGUCUGGACUUAAUUAUUGAGUUCCCCUA